ACGGCCCCUUGGCAAUGCGACGCGCUCCACUCCCGUGAUUCUGUCCGCAAGCUUCAAGGCAACACCAGCUCCACCUCGACACAACACCCGCCAACGCCGCCAACACCAUCGCCAACGCCAACGCCGCCAACACGCCCACCCAGCACGCCCGGCACGCCCAACACGCCCAACGCGCCCAACACCGCCAACACCGCCAACGGACCCCACAAUGGACACCCCGCCGCCGCCAAAGCGCAAGCUCAACUUCCGCCAGGAGCCCAAAAAGAAGCCGAAGACAGGCGACGGCAGCGCCGCGCUCAAGACGGGCUUCGGCGCAAAGAUGAUGGCCAAGAUGGGCUACAAGGGCACGGGUGGUCUGGGCAAGGAGGGCGAGGGCAUCGCAGAGCCUAUCCAGGUCGUCCUGCGUGGUAGCAAGGGCGGUGUGGGCAUCGUGUCGGAGAAGAGCGAGCAGCAGAAGAGGGAGGAGCGCAGGAAGGCCGAAGCCAACGGCGAGGAGUACAUCGACUCGGACGAGGAGGAGCGUCGCGCGAGGAAGAACAAGGCCAAGGCGGCGCGAGAGGCGCGCAGUGCUGCCCCGCGACCGAAGAAAACGCUGUUCGAGCUCGAGGCAGCGGGCAUGCAUGUCCCGCUCGCGCUGCAGUCCAUCAUCGACGCGACAACCGGCGCCUCCACCCCGACAUCUGGCGUGUCUCUGCGCGGCAGCGACGUCGUGCCCUUCGAAAACUCCCUCCAAGCACGCGUACGCCGAGACUUGAACAGCUUCUCAGAAGCCUUCGAAGAGCUGCAGACAGAGUCAAAGGCCAUAGCACCGCAGGAGUAUGCGCUGGAGAAGGAGCUCGAAGCGCUGGAGCGACAGAUGGACGAGAUCACGGACGUCAGCGCCAGACUGCAGUCCAUGCGGACUGGCACCUUCAAAGACGUUUGCGACGGGCUGAAGGACUUGCGCGCCGCGUACCCAUCGAAGCCCUUGCAUCGCGAAUCGAUCGCCGUCAUCCACCCGCACUUCUCUCAGAUGAUCGUCUCGUGGGCGCCACUGGAGGACGCGCUCGAAGAGGCAGCCGCUGCUUUCUCAGAGUUGUCAAACGUCCUCCAGCCGCGCAGCAGGAGAUUCGUCUCGGAUGCCUACACACACCCGUCACACGCAGUGGUUGCACGCACACAGCCAGACGAUGAGGCACCAAUAAAGCGCGGCACGACAUCUUCGUACGAGACUAUGAUGCUCAAGCUCUGGCUACCAUCGGUCAGCUCAGCUGUGACGCAGUGGGAUGUAAAGGAUGCUCGUCCAAUGGUGCAUCUGAUCGAAGCUUGGAGGCCAGUGCUGCCGCCGUUCGUGGCCAGAAGAGUGUUGGAACAGAUUACACGAAAGCUCUCGACUUCCGUGCACGAAUGGAACCCGCGGAAAUUCAAGAGAAGCCCGCACACCUGGGUCGUGGAAUGGCUGCCAUACCUCGAGCCAGCUGACCUGGAUCCCAAGGGCUCUGGCCUCGUGGCAGAGGUCAAGCGCAAGCUGCGCCACGCGCUGCAGUCCAUCGACAUCUCUCGUGGUCCCCUGUCCGGUAUGGAACAGUGGAGGAAGGUUUUCGGCAAGGCGGAAAUCGACCGCAUGCUCACCAACCACCUUGUACCACGCUUCGCAAGCCACUUGCGGGACAACUUCGAAAUCAACCCUGCAGAGCAGGAUGUGGCACCGCUGGAGGCUGUCUUUGCUUGGAAGGGACUGUUGUCAGACCAGACUUUGGGAGAGCUCCUCAAGGCUCAAUUCUUCCCAAAGUUCUUGGAGAUUAUCCAUCAGUGGUUGUCCAGCGAAGGCGUGGUCUUCAACGAAGUACAAGAAUGGAUCAAGUGGUGGAGAGACACAUUGGGAAACGACAUCAAUGCGCUGCCUUCGGUCUCAUCAUGCUGGGACGAAGCGUAUACGCUGAUCAACCAGGCGCUCGACCUUGGAGACGCAAGGCUGACAGAUCUGCCUGCGCCACGCGUCGAAAGAACACGAGCGUCACCCGAAAUGCCAGACCUGUCCAAGUCCGUCGAUAAAGAGCCACCUCGACCGGCCGCACAGGUUGAAGAGGCCACCUUCAAGGACGUAGUCGAGGAGUUCUGCGGUGAGGAGAACCUGCUCAUGAUGCCACUGCGCGAAGCCCACGAUGUCACCGGUCUGCCACUUUUCAGAAUUACAGCCAGCGCGACAGGACGAGGAGGCGCAGUGGCCUACUUCAAAGGCGAUGUCCUAUGGGUGCAGAACAAGAAGAACAAAGCCUUAUGGGAGCCUACCGGUCUAGACCAAGGCCUGAUAGCCAAGGCCGAAGGGAAGUGAGCGCCCACGAGCUUCACGUACGUGCAGAUGAAGAAGAGCAACCAUGCGCUCAGUCCUGGCAGGGUAAGCUCCCAUAGCCUUCACAGGGCAGAUAUGUUGCUUGCAUUGGCUAAUCCAGUAUCAAUGCGAUACCCCCUUAGGUAGUCUUAUGAUCUUUAUCAUGGCAUGAGCUCAAGCUCGGAUAGAAGCAUGCCCGCUCAGGGGACGCGCGGAAGUAAUCAAAGCCACUUCUAUACUUGUCACCAACUCGCUCCACCAACCCUUCCCAUCAACACCUGAAACCAUCU